GGAUUCUUUAAAUAGUUUUUAAACUAUAUAUAAAUAUUAGAGAACAAAUAACUUCACUUGACUUCUAUAAGAAGAUAGUUAUGUCUGAAUCAGAAUGCUUCUCGGACGAUAUAGACUUUGAAUAUGAAGAGGAUGACCUGUAUCUAUCGGGUACUGAUGAUCAGUUUGAAGAGGAAGUAUUUGAAGAAACUCUGGGACCAAAUAGAGGAGACCAAGACAAUGGUAGAAAUAUAAUUAGUGAUAGUGAUUCAAAAGAAUUUCUUUCACCAGUAAAGUACCGGGCAUGGACAACGGAAGAUUUUAUAAGGACACAUUUCUAUGACAAAUGCCGCAGAUUACAAGAUCAACAACUUCCUCAAUGUGAUUUUGAUGAGAUCUUGGUGAUGCUACAAGUAAAGAAUUGGCAAGAGGAUAAUGUGAUCAAUGCAUAUUAUGAUAAUAAAGAAGAAUUUUUCAAAGAAUGUGGAUUUCUGACCGAGGGAAAGAAUUCAGGAACUUUUGAAUCGAUGGCAAAUUUUACGUGUCCAAUAUGUUGCGAAGAAGGUGACCUUGAGACGUAUUCAUUAGUCUGUGGUCACAGAUAUUGUGUGGCAUGCUACGUGAGAUAUUUAGGAGAGGUUGUACACGACGGGAACGUCAUAAGAUGUCCUGGGUGUAGUAUGUCAUUGGGGAAUGGAGACAUUGAAACUAUGUUACGUGACAAGCAAGACCAAAACCAAAAUAAUUUAUUAGAGUUUCCAAUAGAUGGGAAAUUUGAUGAACUUCACAUUUCCACGAAUUUUGGUACCAAACUUUCCACAAUUUCUGAAGUUGGACCAAAUAAUUCAAUUUUUAAACCCAAUUUUAAUGUACAUUCUAGAGAAUCAGAAGAUUCUAAAGUAUCUGGAGAUUUACAGAGUAGUGCUUCACAAGAUCAUCAACAACUGGUUCAACUUGUGGCGUGCUCUCGACUCUUUAUCGAACAGCAAAAUCGCUAUAAAUGGUGCCCAGUACCUGAUUGUCCUUCUCUAAUUGAGUACCCAGAUUUUCAUCCACAAUCUUCUAAUGUGAACCUAGCCAAUGUUCCAAUUGUGAUUUGUUCACAAAAUCAUGAAUUUUGCUAUUCAUGUCUGUAUGAAAACCAUCUACCAUGUCCAUGUUGGUUAGUUGAAUUGUGGAUCAAAAAAUGUCAAGAUGAUUCCGAAACUGUAUCUUGGAUCCAAGCCAACACUCAAGCAUGCCCUCAGUGUUCCGCACAGAUUGAAAAAAAUGGUGGUUGUAAUCAUAUGUCUUGUAAAAAGUGUAAAUUUGAUUUUUGUUGGAUUUGUUUAAAAGAUUGGAAAGAACAUGGCCAAGAAUAUUACAGAUGUAAUAGAUUUGAUCCAAAAACUGCUGAUAGCAUCAAAAAAUUUCAACAACUGAAGAGGUUAUCCUUACAAAGAUAUUUACAUUUUUAUAAAAGAUUUACAGUUCAUGAAUCUUCAAUGAGAGGAGAUCAAAUCACUUUAGAUAGAGUUGACAAUAAGAUGAAAGAAUACAUGUUAGAGGAACUGAAGAAACAAGGGGAAUCUAAAGGUUCAACAAAGGGAAAACAGUCUCAUAGACUGUCGCUUUCAUGGAUUGAUGUGCAAUUUUUACAUGAUGCUAUUAGACAAUUAACCAAUGGACGUAAGACUCUUAAAUGGACUUAUUGUUUUGCCUUUUAUCUUCUGAAAACAAACUUUGCUGAGAUUUUUGAACUGAUGCAAGAUUAUCUCAAUAAGACGGUUGAAGAUUUAUCAAGAAUAUUUGAAGAGAUAAAUGAUCGUCGUAAUAACGAGAGUAGUAGCAAGUUGAUUAUGAAACACAAGAAAGAAAUUAUUAAUUUGUCAAAUUUGGUUGCUCAGAGACAGGCAAAAUUAGUUGAUUGCGCAUAUAGUGGCUUACAACAAGGACUUCUCAAGUUUGAAACAAGAGAAGAGUAGAUAUUUACCAAGAAGGAGAAAACUGAUCCAUUAUCUAUUAGCAGCAAGCUGACAAGGUAUUCACAACAUAAUCAAAUCUUUAUGGGGGUAUGGCUCUCAUCUAUAUAAUAAAGUGAAAAAUGAAUAGAUGUAAUUGAUGUUCAUGACCUAUAAUACUCUCGUGAAAGUUGCAAGGUAUCGGAAAAUGACAAUGGUAAAUUAGGGUGCAUGUAUAUAACGAAGGAAAUAAACGGACCGAUUAAUACAUUAUGUCGUAGAAAUGAAUA